UUUCAAGAUCUCUCGCAUCAACCAGCAUCAACCUCAGCGUCACACAAUUCCACCGCAGAAUGAACUCGUCCUUACUCGAUCCGCCAUCAUUCUCACAACAAAUAAGAUCUAACAAACGCAAACGGCUAGAAACAACAGAUGGCGAUUUUCCAAGCUCAAUGCCCCAAAGCUUCAUCAACCCUCUCAGCCAUUCUCCUGGUGUAGUUGCCCAGUUCGCUAUCGCCGGCCUCUCAGAGACGGAUCAGAAUCCUUCACAGCGCAUACGCGACUUUCCACAUCGCGGUAUCUCAUCGAAUGAAGCCUUUUCUAUUGAAGCCGAGAGUGAUGAAGACCCGGAAACGGAAGGAGAUGAAGCAGCGCGCCCAAAGUCUAAGAAACCCACAAGCCGUAAACUGGGUGGUCAUUUUGAUGUCCUCUUACAGUCUAUUCACUACUUUCUUGAUCGAGGGGAGAUAGCUAAGGCAUCUCGUGCGUAUGGCCUUAUUCUGCAGCUGCGUCCUUCUGGUCUCCCUAUCGAUAUUCGACAUCAUGAUCUCUGGGCCAUAGGUGCAGAAAUUCUCAUGCGUGAAGAGAUGGGGUCGGGCUGCUAAUAUGAGCAAGGUCAAAGGCUACUUCGAUACCCUGAUACAGCAGCAUCCCUAUGACUACAAGACCCCAAAGAUCAUCUCAGCCUUGGAUUUCUGGAUUGCUCUGUUUAGCUGCGAAAUCUACAAUACUCAUACCGAACAUAUACUGGCCCUAAAUCGGCUAGAGAGAGAGAUUGAUGAAGAGUCUCGCCGAGAGUCUUUCGGCAAUGACGAAAGCAUCGCAAGUGACGAAACAGACAGUGUGGAAGCGAGGAAACUUUACAAGAAGGACGAGCUGCGAUUCCAGGCAUUAUCCAUCAUGAAGGAUAUCACGAAGAGGAUGGAUGUACUGAUGCAGGAUAUGCCGUACUCAAGAAAUCAGCAUUAUCUUCGAUUACACGCCAUGGCCUCUUUUUACAUUGCAGACCUAGUCAUUCCCAUCAGCCCCGUCUCGCAGUAUCAGGCCGAAGAAGUGCAAAAAUCAAGGCUAAUGGAACAACAGAGUGCCAGAAAUUAUCUGGAGAGAAUAAUCAUAUAUGGAGGCGAGUUGGACAAAGCUGCAUGGAAAGCUUUGAACCCUUCAGGUGAUGUCGAGGGAGAUACUUCUAUUCCACUAUACUCAAGUCUACCGAUUAGGGGUCUCUAGUCUUGUUGACGGUCAACGUAUCCUUCGGCCGUCAUACUAACUCGUGCCGUUUUGAAUAAGGGCAAAUGGGGGAGCGGACGGAGGGGCAGAUACAGACACAGAGGCGGACGCGGAGGCAGAUGCUCUUGAUGCUGACCCUUUGUUAGCCCAGCGCUGAAGGAUCAAUGCCUGAUUCGAGCUUCCCACCACGACACACCACUCUCCUCCGGGACUCCAAGCUGCCUGUCGACCCACAAAAUUGGCAGAUGAAGACUCGGUCUUAUGUGCCUUCAAUGGCUCAUGAGGAUCCUCUUGGCUGUACCUCGACGCCCACGUCUCUAAGGUCUCCGCGUUAUAGUCACCAAUCUCUUCGCUCAGCCUGAUUGCGUCUGCUCGGAAGGCGCUCGGAAUGUCCUUGUCAGCGCCUCCGCUCCGGCCUUUAUUAGAGUCCGUCUUGGGGGGUCGACCCUUCACAAGCCGCAUCCAACUUGGAUGGGGAACUGGCUUACUCCUGUCCCUAUUGGGGUCCUUGAGCACUUCCAUGAACUCUCUGUAUGCUAGCAAACGUUCAAAAUCCCAGAAGAAAACAUUCCCACCUGCAUUGCAAAAUGCUAAAACUGGAUGCUGGUCCGGCACAAAAUGUAGCUUGAAACGCAUGAAGAACUGCGGGCCACAGUUGGGGGUGUGGAACUGGAGUAGCAUGGUAUACUGAGAAGGGCAUUGGGGAGACAUCGUUGGGACAAACGCUGAACGUGUGAGACGGCUCGCCUCGUCAUAAUUGGUUGGAACGGUUGUCUGAGCCGUCGGUGCCACGCUCUGGGGAGGGGGAGGAUUUGCAGAAGAAAAACCCUCUAUUCUCCAAAGUGAGAUAACAUUGUCAUGGCAUGCCCUGGACAGGAUAUAGUCACCGUAAAAAGCCACGCUACACCGUGUUAGCAUCCGGAUCAUCAGAUAUGAGCACAGAGCAUACCAAUCAAUGAUACCACUGUGGACUGCUGAGGUCGAAAAGUGAGGAUAAUGGACACGGACAGGGGUUGUGAUGGCCUGAGUGGGGAGAUCUGGGAGUGUCCACUUUGAUGAAUUAGAAAAGUCCGCCUGAAGCUUGUUAAAGCAUAGUUACCAGGUUGAUAAUCUGGUCAUGUCCAGCAGACAGAAUGUACCGGCCAGUGUCAUGAAAAGCCUAGCAGCAAUUGUCAGCAUUCAGCAGGAAGACAAUGAUGAAACGUAGAAAGUCUCACCAAGCUCAGAAGAUCCCAUGAAUGGCCUUCGCCGGCAAGGAUAACCAAGCAGGGCCGGUUUGCGUGGACUGGGUCAAGACUCCAGACACGAAUACUCGUGUCACCAGAAGCGGAGGCGAUAAUAGACGGGUCUGCAGGCGAAGUUGCUAGAUCAUUGACAUCCUGCUUCAAAUGAGUUUCUGUCUUAAGGCGUGGCAAAUUGGAGCUGAUGAACUAACACCUCCAUGGCCAGUCAGGCACUAGAAUCAAGCAAGAAAGAGUCAGCGACGGCCAUUGCACAGCAUUUCCUUGGAAUAGAGGAUACCCUGUAUAGUUUCCCGUUCACAACAUCAUAGAUCUUGACUUUGGCAUCGACUCCACCAAUGCAUAGGUAGGGGGCGCCUGUUACGGGAUCUUUUGUCCAAGUACAACAGCAUGCGGAAGCCUCCUCCUAGACAGUGUUAUCAAACCGUAA